GCGCCUGAACCAAUUCCACGUGAUGGUCGACUCUCGCCUGGCUGUCGAGACGCUGAGGGAGACGCCCACGCCCCUCGGGAAGAAGUGGUCGGUGUUCCUGAAGGUGGACUGCGGGAAUAAUCGAGCCGGAGUGUGGUGGGAGGACGAACACGGCGUAGACCUGGCUGUGACCCUCCACGAGUGUCCGUCGAUUAACUUCAUGGGUGUCUACGUUCACUGCGGAAACUCCUACCGGUCAGAGACGCCCAAGGAUGUAGACAAGAUUAGGGACGAGACGAUAGAACUGCUGCUGAAGUUCGUGGAGCGCGUGGGCAGGCGGGGCGUGAAGUGCCCCGUCGUGGGCAUCGGCUCGACCCCCACCUGCAGAAGGCCCGGGCCCAGCAUGAAGAAGAUUUCGGAACUCCAUCCAGGGAAUUACGUCUUUUUGGACGUCCAGCAGUCGACGAUCGGGUCUUGCUCUCAGGACGACAUCGCUUGCUGCGUCGCCACCAGGGUCAUUGGGCACUACCCACGCAGGAACCAGUUGCUGGUCGACUGCGGCUUCCUGGGCCUCACCAAGCAAGGAUUCGGACACAUGGCUACUGGCUACGGCGUCAUACGUGACCAUCCGAACUUAAGGCUGAUCGACAUGACGCAGGAGAUCGGUUUCGUCGACACGAUCGAGGGAAAGUUGAACUACGAGAAGCACCCGAUCGGAUCGCUUCUCUACGUCAUUCCGUGGCACUCGUGCGCAACGGCGGCCAUGUACCCCUUUUACCACGUGAUCCAAGAUGGCGUCGUGAUCGAGGAAUGGAAACCAACUCGAGGAUGGUAAACAUUGACAAUUUAGGCCUAUUUGUUGUUUUUUUUAUUCAUAUUAUUAAUUCAUUAUUAAUUUUUAUUUGAGGUAAAUUUGAUGAUUCGUUUAUAUACUGUGAAGAAUAUUUUUGAUCCGUAUAUGUGUGUAUAUAUGUAUGGUAAAGUAUAAUGUUGGCAAAUAUUUUUUUUUUUUUUUUGUAUGAGAUUCAUUAAUCCUGUUAUUUGGUGAGAUAUAUAUAUAUAUGAACGAAAAUGGAUAUACUUAUCAUUUUUUUUGUCUGGAUAUUGAUUUUCGAAUUAUGAUUUUCUUACUAAUGGCUUUGUGUUCUAGGAUAACACGUCAGAAUUUAUUGAUAAAGAAAAUGGGUUUUCAUUUUUAUUUUUAUUUUUCGUCUAAGAUAUAUAUAAAAAAAAUUCUUUUCUUUUUACAGUUUAUUUGAUUUAAUUUUUCAGAAGAUUUAAUUUGGAAAGAGAUUAGCGAAAAAAAAAAGAGAGAUAGAGAGAGAAAAAAAAAAAACUAUUUUUUUUAUCCAAAAUUAUAAAUAUUUCUAUGCUAUCUCUUCUCUUGAUUUUUAAUUUGCCAAAUUUUCAACAUCAUCAUCUCUUGGUGUUUGUUAUUCUUAUAGAUAUAUAUUUUGUGCGUUUAUUUUUUCUGGCAUUUGUUGGCGUAUGUGUGUGCUUGUGGUAUAAAUGUUUCUUUUACAUUUAAUAAAGCGGGGAAGAGUGUUAA